GCGGCAGGAAAACCGCAGCGAACGUGGAUGAAUAGAUUAGAGAUCCUCUAGAGGAGGGAAUACCGUAAAAGUGGGAUUAUGUGGACACGAAGGGCCACUUCGAGUUCAUGAAGAGGACAAAGACUUAGUGAAUUUGGUUCUCGCUUCUAAGCUGCCUGAAACAGAUAAGGCGUGUUUCUUUAAGAGGGAAUCGAUCGCUCUCAUAUAGGUCAUAGAGGGACCAGAAUGGGUGAAAAUCUUACGCCUGUACCCCACUUUUUGGAUCGAAUGGGAACACCCUGAAUAGAAGUCCGCAAUUCAUGAAAUUUAUCUUAUCCUCGAAUUAAACUACACGAACAGAACACGAUAUGUGCAACAUUAACUGAAAGCAAACCAUAAAUACAAUUUCGGUGCACUGAAUUCCUUAGGAAGGAUGUCAUCGUUUUCCUUGGACUUGUAGGAAACCAUACGGCAGUCACACGGCUGGUACUGAUACUGAUAACAUGGGGGAUUUGACGGUGUCAAAAGACUGGAAAAAGACUUUCAUUGUCCCUGCUAUUAAAUCUUUUGAGCAUUAUGAGUUUAACAGAGCUAAAAUCCGUGCAAGUCUCACAUGGCUUGUGGCCAAAGCAUUUGGUACAGAGAGUGUCCCGGCUGACCUGAAGGAGCCUUUCUAUAUGGACCAGUAUGAACAGGAGCACUUAAAGCCACCCGUGGCUGCUCUGCUGCUGUCGGCUGAGCUGUACUGCCGCGCAGGGAGCCUGAUCCUGAAAAGCGACGCAGCCAAGCCCCUGGUCGGCCACGAUGCCGUUAUCCAGGCCCUGGCACAGAAAGGCCUGUACGUCACUGACCAAGAGCGGCUGGUCACCGAGAGAGACCUGUGCAAAAGACCCAUUCAGAUGAGUGCCCACCUUGCCAUGAUCGACACCCUCAUGAUGGCCUACACAGUGGAGACGGUAAGCGUGGAGAAAGUGGUGAUGUGUAUGAAGCAGUAUUCCACAGACUAUGUCGAAGGAGACGUACCAUACGACACGGAGGAUGCAGUCACCAGCUGGAUGAAUAAGGUAAACGAGUACUUGAAAGAGAUCAUCAUGCAGGAGCAAAGCAGGAGAGAGGCACAGAAUGCGGAGCCUGUCGAGAGCCCAAAGUCUCCAACCAAAUGGUAUAUGAAGUUGGUUCCUGCCCGCUAUAGGAAGGAGCAGCCUCUGUCUAAGACUGCGCCAUGGAUCCCCUCCGUGGACAAUCUGCUGAAGGACAGCACAGACGGCUGCGGCCUAGCGGCUCUGCUGCACUUCUACUGCCCUGACCUCGUCAAACUGGAGGACAUAUGCCUGAAAGAAACCAUGUCACUGGCAGACAGCUUGUACAACCUGCAGCUCAUCCAGGACUUCUGCCGCGAGCACUUGAACUGCUGCUGCCACUUCAGCCUAGAGGACAUGCUCUUCGCAUCUUCAUCCAUCAAAAAUAACUACCUUGUAUUUAUGGCUGAGCUCUUCUGGUGGUUUGAAGUGGUUAAGCCAUCUUUUGUGCAGCCUCAGGUUUUGGCCAAUGAAGCACCAGCUCCAUCAAUAAAGACUGUGCCAUAUGUGCCCAUCUCAAAAGUCACAAAGAGAAGCUUCAUGGAAAGACCUCCCAGUCCAAACAGGCCGAGCCUACCACUGCGACCACAACUUCGAACCUUAAACUCAGGUGAGAUCAAGCGAUCAACCUCCAUGUCGUUUGUGGACAGCUUUAUAGGGACUUGGCCCAAGGAGAAACGGUCAGCCACUCAGGGAGUGUCCUUUGACAUUCCAUUUGAUAAAGAGGACACCAGCCAGACCCCUGCACUAGCCAGCAGGGGGAUGACCAGGUCUGUGAGCACUGAGGGCUUUGGGUUCAAAGUAGCUAACAUGGCCAAGGGAAUGAAACGCAACCUGUCCUUCCAGCCUGUCAAUGGCAAAAACAUAGGUAUUGAGGAGGAGGGCUGUCCAGACAGCCUUGCAGAAGCUGAGCGUAUGAAUGGUGCGGUGGCACCUAACAUGGAAGAGGCCCUGGACAUUAUCCAGAACUCUGAGAAGCAACAGCAGAGCCCUGUGGCUCAGGCACAAAGUGAAGGAUUCUUCCUUCAUCUGCAGACCAAAGGAGAACUAUCCUCCAAAACCCAAACAGAAGAAGAACUAGACUUUGUAUCAGAGACAAAAGAGGCCUGGAGCACAUCAACUACAGAGGUGGACACUGGCAUCCAUGUGAGGACAGAAGACAUCCAGGAGAUGCUGGAUGAGGACUCGUCCCUAAGGGACUGCACAAUGAGUAUGGACUUGGACACGGACCAGGACUCUGAAACCAGAGCAGGUCACAGCCAGUGCUCCAUCAGUCCAUGCCCCAGUAGCAUCAGCACCAAGUCUCCCACAGGUUACCCUCCCACUCCUACCUUCACUCCUGGUGUUAAGAUGACCAGCUUCGCUGAGCAGAAGUUCAAAAAGCUCCACCCAAAUGUGGAGGCCAAGGGCUGCAGUUCUCAGGGGACCACGCCGGACAGUUCGGACCUCAACCUUCCCCACUCGGUCUCCUGGGCUCCUUCGCCAGAGAUGAGCCCUGUUCACCAGCCGCCGAAGGAUCCGGCCCAGGCUAUGGCUGCUGAAAUGGCGCAACUGCGCAUGCGCCUGGAGGAGAAGCGGCGUGCCAUUGAGGCGCAGAAGAAGAAGGUGGAAGCUGCCUUCACACGUCACAGGCAGAAGAUGGGGCGCAAUGCCUUCCUUACAAUGGUCAGAAAGAAAAGUGAUGGCGCCUUCUCUGCCCAGGAGGAAACCCCAAGUUCAGAGGAUGCCAAGGUACCAGCUGACACCCCACAGGCCACUAAGUCCCCGGGCAAGUCUCCAGUAAAGUCCCCUGGCGAGGAGGGUGCAUCUGAGGCAGACCUUUUGGAGUACACGCGCUCUAUCGAAAAGCUGAAUGCCUCACUAAGCUUCUUGCAGGCAGAGAUGCAGCGGCUGGCCCAGCAGCAGGAGCUCAUAAUGCAGAUGCGGGAGCAGCAGACCUGGGCUGUGUCCCCACGCCAUCCAUCACCCCAGAAACAGGUGUGGGAGCUCAGAGGGAGUGGGGCUCGCUCCUCUGGCUCUCCCUCGCCCGCUGAGUCUCCACGUGCCGCCCAUCGCUCCCCAACCAACCUCAAGAGAAAGUCGGCCUCGUUCCACUCCAAAACCCCUCGCACACCCAGGCCGAGCGAGCUGAAGAUUGCCCCAUUCAGCCGGGUCCUGACUGUUCCCCAGUCCGUGGACAGCAUACCUCGUCUGCGACGGUUUUCCCCCUCUCAGUCUGUGUCCAGCUCCUUCGCGUACCUGGGGAAUGAUGCAAAACCUGCAGGUACCACAUCUGCAGAGAAGGACGGUAUGCAGGCCUCUGAGGUGUUGGACACAGAGGGUUCCACUAAUGUCACUUCACCAACCAAAAACACAUCAUGGCCUGAAACUGACGUAGUCAUGGCCAAUGAAGUAGAAGAAGAGAAACAUGGACAGAACAAAGUGGAAGAAGAUGGAGAUAAGGAGGAGCGAAAAAAGCCAGAAGUACAAAUGAAGCCCACAGUGGAAUCCAGUGUUUCUGAGGUGCUAUCACAAGCUGUCAAAGAAACAGUCAUAGUCACACCUACAGAGAAGCCAGUUGAUUUCAUUACCACGAACAAUAGAAACUUGAUUGAGGUACCAUUAUCUGUCCUAAAACCUCUCGAUGGACAGGCGCUAGAAGAAAAUGGGGAGAAACUAGGAGCAGGAGAAAAUCUGGAUGAUGAACAGAAAAUAUGCUGUGGAUUCUUCUUUAAGGAUGAUAUGAAGGGUGAGGAUGGUAUGGCCCUGAAGCGGCAGGCCCUGCUGGAGAAGAGAUUACGGAGGGAGCGGGAGAGCCAGCAGAGGAAGCAGCAGCUGGAGGCCGAACUGGAGCAGAAGAAAGAGGAGGCCAGGCUGAAGGCAGAGGAAGAUCGUCAGAAGAAGGAGGAGGAGAAGGCCAGACGGGAGUUCAUCAAGCAGGAGUACCUGCGAAGGAAACAGCUCAAACUCAUGGAGGACAUGGAUGCACUGGUAAAGGCUCGGCCCACUGGGGCCAAACCGAGGAAGCCACGGCCCAAGUCCAUCCACAGGGAUGUGCUGGAGUCACCAAAGGGCCCAAUCAGGGCUGCAGCAGGUUCACGACCUCGUGUUUUUUCAGUGUCCAGUCUCUCUUUGGCAUCCCUCAGUCUCGGAGACAAUGAGAGUGUGAGCUCAGAAAAAAGAACCCCAAGCAGGCCUGACUCAGCUGAUGGUUUCCUGUCUCCCACUCGGUCUGGGAGCCACAAUGGAGAAAAGGACUGGGAAAAUGGGUCUACCACAUCCUCUGUAACUUCUAACACGGAAUACACAGGUCCCAAAUUGUACAAAGAGCCAAGUGCCAAGUCAAAUAAGCAUAUUAUUCAGAAUGCCCUGGCUUAUUGCUGUUUGGCUGGGAAGGUCAAUGAGGCACAGAAGAACAAGAUCUUAGAGGAGAUGGAGAAAUCAGAGGCCAACAACUUCCUGAUCCUGUUCCGUGACUCUGGCUGCCAGUUCCGAGCUCUCUACAUUUACUGCCCCGAUACAGAGGAAAUGAGCAAGCUGGCAGGCAUUGGGCCUAAGAGCAUCUCCCGCAAGAUGGUUGAUGGCCUCUACAAGUACAACUCGGACCGGAAGCAAUUCAGCCAAAUCCCAGCCAAGACCAUGUCAGCCAGCGUGGACGCCAUAACCAUCCACAGCCACCUAUGGCAGACAAAGAAGCCAGGAACACCUAAGAAAGUAGCACCCACCAAGUCCUAGUACUUCUCGGUGCUACCCUGCAUUAGAGUGCUGCAGUUCUCCACAAAGUUCUGGUUUCCACUCUACUUACAAACUCAGUCUUAAAGUGCAGAUUUGAGGUCUGCCUGCAUUUCUCAUGGAACACUACAUGUAGUUUCUGUCUCUGCUACAUUCAAGCAGGAACCAUGAUUUUACUAAAACAGAAUAUAUAUGCACAACUGGAAUGUAAAAGACACUAGGCUUGUCAGUGGAUCUCACUCCUGUAUUUAUUACAUGUCUCUUUGAAAUUCUUUUAAAGCACGUGUGAGCGGGUGAAUGUGUUUAUCUUGUGUGUGCCAAAAAUGGUAGAUAAUGAAAUGAAGAAGUGCAGCUGUUGUUUGGUACGCUAAAGCACUGAAUGUCAUUUGUCUGUAUAAAGACAACUUUUGCAUAUAUUUAUGUUGACAUGUGGCCUUAUGUUGGAAUUGCUUCAUUUACUCCUCAUUUUUUAAAGUAGUGUACUGAAGUGAUUGUAAGGCCACACCACAAGGAAUCAUCACUGAAAUGGUUUUGUUAGACUUAGUGUACUGGGAGAGCUCUUCUUGUUAAGCAGUGCUGUAUUUGUGCAUUAAACCAAAUCAGUAUGGUAUGUAGAAAUUUAUUUAUUUAUUAAUUUUUUUUGCUUGCAUAGAGAAUCCCUCUCCUAUCCUUGCAUUUUAAAAUACUUAUUUUGCUUAAAAUGCUUUGGUUCACAGCAGGUUUGUGAAUUUUUACAGUGUAGUACAAAUAGGUGUUUUAUCAUAUUAUUAUUAUUAUUAUUAUUAUUAUUAUUAUUAUUAUUAUUAUUAUCACCUUCACACAACAGAAUAAUUGUUUUAGUUAAAAAACAAUUUGUUCAAAUCAGUGUAUCACUUAUGUGUCAUUUAUGAUAGUUCACAGAGGUUUAGAAGACCAAACCCGCAUUGCAUUAUUGUGUAGGUUGUGAAAAUCAAGCUAGCUAAUUUGAUAAUCUUAUACUGAAUGCUGUAUCAGUGAUUUUUCCAUGUCAGCUUCAUAGGUGAAAUGCUUUGUUAUUGAUAAGUCUCAUUGUAUCAGUAGCCAUUCCCAUGUUAUUUUUCCUCAUUCAUGGUUGGUAUCAGAUUUGUUGAUUCAGCAACAGUCAUUACAAUUUGAAAAAUAAAUUUUGCUAUGUACCAUGGGUGACAGUGAUUUGGACUGUGUUGUCUAACACUGUCUUGAAAUCAUAAAAAUGUGUCAAAAAGCAAUGUGCCAAACAUUUUAUUACUACUGCAUGGAUUAGACUGAGGACCAAUGUGCUUAUUGAUAAGUAGUAUAUUUUGUCUUGGGAUGUUAAAAUCCUGCCACAGAUAUGCCGUUUUUUACUGUAUGAGGUUUGUGGCUUUUAUUUGAGCGGAUAUGGUAACACUGCUUUUUAUUUGUCAAAGGGCGGAAUGUGGCUGUUUACGGGUCCAGUUUUGAUGUGUUCAAUAUGAGCACGUACCUUCUUUUAUUUAAAGCCGUUUCUUUUUCCGCUCUCUUUGAGUCCAUUAUGUGGCAGAUUUGCCUUUUUGCAACCAUCAACAAGCUGUAUCCCUAUUAAAUAUAUUGAAUUACUGAAAUGGAAGUAAUUUAUGUUGAAAGGAAUACAUUUGUACAGGCCAGCAGUAUAACGCAUAUUGGGAACAAAACAACACAUUUUAAAAAGUAGGUUCAUUUGGUUGUUUAAAGCCAAAAAACGAAGUGGCUAUGUAUUUGUAAAUGACUACAGUUUAAUAUUGUACAGUGUGCGGUCAUCAGCCUAUUGUAAUGAAGCAUCGCUUUUUCCCUGUUUUUUAAGACACUGCAGUCGUAGCUAAUUUGUUGAACUAGUCUAACAUGUUUGAUUUAUAUAGCACUGAAUAAAGUUUCGCAUGGAUUCAUGUA